CCUUGAUGAAAAACCCCCAAAUGUUGUUGCUAUUCACCCACGACGAAACAAAUUCAUCAUAAUUUCGAAGCUGUUAAUCAAAGCAUAAGAUCAGCCAUCCAUGGAAACCAAACCCUAGCAAUCUCGCUUCUGCUACAACUAUCACCUCCUUAUUCUUCUUCUCCGUCCAAUGUUUGCUACAAAGAACCUUCAAAAGCGCUGCUUUCAAACCCUCACCUCCCGUUUCAUCACCAAUUGCUCCAAGGAUGUGAAGUUGUUAAGAGGUGCUACUACGCCUAAUUUUACACCGACGAAUGAUUUUCAUGCCAGUUUCGUGAUAAGAGACGAGAAAUUUUUGAGCUCAAUCAACGUUUGGAAUUGCUUUGAUGGACGUCGGACGUUUUCGACUGCUAGGGGUCGGAGCAUGAGGAGUAAAGUGGAGAUGCGGAUGAAGAAAGAGUCUGGUAAAACUCUAAGGGAGAUUAGGCGGGCGAAGAAGAUUCAGAAGAAAUUGAUGACUGAUGAGGAACGUCUCAUUUACAAUCUCAAAAGAGCGAAGAAAAAAGUGGCAUUGCUUCUCCAGAAGCUAAAGAAAUAUGAGCUACCUGAGUUGCCAGCUCCACGGCACGAUCCUGAGCUGUUGACGCCUGAACAAAUCCAGGCGUUAAAAAAGAUUGGGUUCCGGAAUAGAAAUUAUGUACCAGUUGGUGUUCGUGGAGUGUUCGGAGGUGUGGUUCAGAACAUGCACAUGCAUUGGAAAUUCCAUGAGACCGUGCAAGUUUGUUGUGAUAACUUCCCGAAAGAAAAGAUCAAGGAGAUGGCAACCAUGCUUGCAAGAUUGAGCGGCGGCAUUGUGGUGAACAUACAUAAUGUGAAAACGAUUAUCAUGUUCCGUGGAAGAAAUUAUAGACAACCGAAGAAUUUGAUACCAAUCAACACCCUUACGAAAAGAAAGGCAUUGUUUAAAGCUCGAUUUGAACAAGCGCUUGAAUCUCAAAAACUGAACAUAAAGAAGAUAGAGCAGCAGCUUAGAAGGAUGAACGUAAACCCUGAUGAUCCAGUUGCCAUGGCCAGCAUACAAAGAGUGGCGUCCACUUUCUUUAACGCAAUCGACAAGAAAGAAGGAAGCCCAUAUGUCUUCCGUGGCGACAAACCGAAAGAAACGGGUAUCGGAGGCAUAAAAGAAUCCGAAUCUGGUGAAGAUAGUGAUCAAGAAGAGCUCGAUAAAUUCAUAGCAGAGAUCGAGGAUGCAGCCGACAGAGAAUGGGAAGAAGAAGAAGCUGCCGAGAAAGAAGAAGUCAACAGAAUUCGAUAUCUUUAUAGAGAAGAUUAUGAUGGAAGGUAUACGAAACCCGAUAUGGGUAGGAGGGCCCCACAGAGGUCGAGUAAUAGCGAGAACGAUGAGGUUGAUGAAGAUGAUGAAAAUGACUCGGAUGAAGCUCCUUAUGUAUAUGAUGUUCCUAAGGUCGAAAGAUGGAAGAGGGGUAAAAAUGGAAAUUCAGGUGAUGGUGAGAGAUUUAGCCGAAGAGAUGAAGGUAGGUUCGGAAGAGAGUCCGUUCAAGAAGAACCCGAGUCGGAAGAUAUGUUGGAUGAUUUGGAAAACGUCAUGUUUGAAUCCGAUGAAGAAAAGCCGAAUAUAGGGAACGAGGAUAAGUUUUCAAAUGGUCAUGGAAAGGAUGAUUUUCGGAACCCCGAAAUAUUGAUCCUGGAAUCAGAAGAGGAAGAGCCUGAAUCAAGAUCAUCAGCAAAAAUUGUGGACGAAAAAUGGGAUAGCGAUUAACUUGGAGGUGAACCUAUAAUUUCUCUUCAAUCAAAUUCACAUGUGAAUUAAGCUUAAGAUUGUUUAAGAGAAUUUGAGUUGCAGUCUA